AUGAACGAAGCGGCGGCGCGCUGCGGGUUGAAGCGCAGCCGACAGGUGGCGUGGCAUGAUUUGCUCACGGGAGUGAGCAAUCAGGAUAGUGUUACCCGUGCAGACUACCCGGGAAUUGCUGGGGCGUUUUUCGACACGGCUUUUGACUUCAGAUUUGUUCGAAACACAGCGCGCCCGCCCUUCACAAAGAACCCGGCGUGCCGCCACCUGCGGCGGGGGUGUGCCUUCUCUCUGCUGCGCCAGCUGCCACUCGUGCAGCUGCCGCCCAAGGAGAUGCAGCUGCCGCCCGAAGAGCUGGAGCUGCUAGAGCUGCCGCCCAAAGAUGUGCAGCUGCUGCUCGAAGAAUCGGAGAGGGGAGCGGGCGGCAGUGGUGUGGGCGUGAAAGGAGUGGCUGUGGAUUCGGAUCUGAAGCUCAUUGCGAUAGUCUUUCCACAGUUCCACGCAUGCAGAGAGAACGAUGAGUUUUGGGGAGUCAAUUUCACCGAGUGGGACAACGUCAAACGAGCCUUCUUCCACCCCACCACCUUCCGCCCUGUCGCGCACCCCAUCGGCCCCGCAACUCCUCCCGAACCUCCCCAUACCGCUCUCCACUCCCUCUCUUCCCCCGUCCCAAACGCACUCUCGAUCUCGCACCCCCUCUCGCCCCUCUCCAGUGGUUACUAUAACUUCCUUUCCCGCUCCCACCGCCGCCGAACCUCAGCUCUGGCCCGAGCCUACGGGUUCCAUGGCCUGUGCUACCACCACUACUGGUUCGGAUGCCGCCGAACCACGCUCGCCGAGCCUCUGCUCCGGAUGCUAGAGGACGGCGAGCCCAACCUCCCGUUUUGUCUUAUCUGGGCAAAUGAGCCGUGGACAAAUCGGUGGGACGGGGCAAGAGGGGGAGGGGGAGGGGGAAGGAGUGAAGUGCUGUUGGAACAGACUUAUGGGGAUGAGGAAUGCUGGAAGGAGCAUUUCGACUGGCUGUUGAAAUUCUUCAACCAUCCAAACUACAUCAAGGUAUCAGGCCGGCCUAUGCAUCCAGCCACUGAGCCUCAGCUCGUGCUUCGGAGAUUAGCCGAAGCUGCGGUGGCGUGCGAGUUUUGUCUGGAUGUGAGAUACUAUGUGGAUAUGGAUGGUGAGCUGUAUGAGGGGCUGGAAGGACGUGUGACAAGGGAGGGAGGACGCAUAGUGAAGCACUUUAUAGAGAAGGGGUUUCUGGGAGGGAAGCAAUUUAGGCUGAGGCGGAGGCGGAAGGGGGGAGUGCAGGGGGAAGCGGAGGUGAAAGGGCAGGGGGGACAGGGAAAAGUGAAUGGGGGGCAGGAGGGGGAGGCAGAUGGGGAGGAUGGAGAUGAUGAGGAGGGAGAUGGGGAGGGGGCGUCAUUCCCUGCUGCCGUGACUGCAGCAGACGACCAUGCCACCACCACCAUUCUCACUCUCCGUGCUUGCAUGGAGGAGAAGGAUGCUGCCAUCAAGAAGCUGCAGUCACAAUUGGAUGAGGCACACGCGGAUCUGCAGAAGUGGCGCUCGGCCUUCCAUCCCGCCAACAUCCUUGCGACUGAAACUACCGCUGAGCCAGCAGCGGUGGUGGCAGCGUUUGAGACAGUGCGGGAGGCAGAGGCGCAGGUGCAGGAGAAGCUGCUGGCAGCGCGGAGGAGGGAGGCCGCCAUGUUGAUUCGCCUGGCGGGCAGGGAGCAGGAGGUGGUUGCUGUCAAGGAGCAGCUGCAGCAGGUGUUAGAGAGCAUGCAGCCCGCCAGCACGCAGACUCGCUCACUGCUGCUAGAUGCGGCCAUACACGCCGAGUUCAAACGACUCAAGACCGAGAGCGAGGCCCUGGAGCGGCGAGUGCGGGAGUUGCAGGACGACCUAGCGGCGGUGCAGUUCACACCGCACAGCAAGAACGGCAAGAUGCUCAUGGCCAAGUGCCGCACCCUGCAGGAGGAGAAUGAGGACAUUGGCAGGGAGGCUGCUGAGGGCAAGGUGCAUGAGCUGGAGAACAAACUCGCCCUGCAGAAGCAGCUCAACUCCGAGCUCAAGCGCGGCUACCAAGAGCUACAGGAGUAUGUGGAUGAGAUCAACGAGGAGGCAGAGAAGCUCGAGGAGACGGUGUACAAGCUGCAGAGGCAGCUGCAGCUGAGGGACGCAGAGGUGCAGGAGCUCUCACGCUUCAAGGCAGGCGUAUUGGAGGCCGAGCGAUCCCAGCAGCACUUCCCCCCACCCCACUCCCAGCAGCAGCAGCAGCAGCCGGGACAGGGCAUGCAGAGGGGGGGGUCGCUGAAGCGAGAGAGGGAGCGAGAGAGGGACCGGGACAGGCGGCAGGGGCAGCCGCAGGGGCAGGGCAUGCAAGGGUCGCAGGAAGGUUCCGAGGCUGAGGAUCGGGACGGGCAGGGGUUUGUGCGGGAGGGUCGGGAGAGGCAUGGGUUUAGGCGGGAGUUUAGUCGGCAGCUUUCGGGAAGGCAGCACCGGGGGCAUGAGGAAGAGGAUGAGGAGAGGGGCUCGUAUGGGGAGGAGCAUCAUAGGAGGAUGCAUCAUCAUUUCGGUGGGAGGGAGAGACAGAGGGAGGGGUCGAUUGGGGGUGGAGGGGAGAGUGGGGCGUAUGGAGGGGAGAGGAGCAGAGACGGGAGAAGGCGGGAGGGCAAAAGGAGCUGGAGGGAUCGGUCGAUGGAGAGGGAGAUUGAGGGGGAAGGGAGGGGGCGACGCGCACCUUCUCUCAGUCCGUGA